AAACAUUUAAAAACAUUGACAGAAUAUGUUUUCUUUCUCCUAGCAAAGCUAUUUUUUCACCAGUUACCAAUUCAUAAACACAAGAGAAAAUGUAGGUUAGGUUUAGUCUUAGAAAAUAGAUCCCCAGAUUUUCUUUUUCACUUGCCUCUAGAGCUUCCAUAGAGUUGGGGGGCGGGGGCAAAAGUUAUAUUUGGGAAGUGGGCUACAGGAUCUAAAGAGAGAAUCAUCGGACUGACGGACAAGUGCAACGAUGAAGCUGACUCUGGUGUGUCUGUCCCUUUUUUUAGUUCAUAUUAAUUUUUCAUUGGCCAAGAAAACAAUAAAACUUGGUAAGAUAAAUAUUUUCAAAAAGACCCCAAAAACGAAUAACCCGGACACCAAAUUUAAAGGUGGAAUCCUCACACAGCCGAAACAACCGAAUCAACCAAGCAGACCAGGAAGCUACCCUAAUCAAGGAGGCUACCCUAAUCAAGGGGGUUACCCUAAUCAAGGAGGCUACCCUAAUCAAGGUGGUUACCCUAAUCAAGGAGGCUACCCUAAUCAAGGUGGUUACCCUAAUCAAGGAGGUUAUCCCCAACAACCAGGGCGACCAGGGGGUUACCCUAAUCAAGGGAGUUACCCUAAUCAAGGUGGUUACCCUAAUCAAGGAGGUUAUCCCCAACAACCAGGGCGACCAGGGGGUUACCCUAAUCAAGGGAGUUACCCUAAUCAAGGGGGAUACCCUAAUCAAGGGAGUUACCCUAAUCAAGGGGGUUACCCUAAUCAAGGGAGUUACCCUAAUCAAGGAGGUUACGCCCAGCAGCCAGGAUACCCAGCACAGGGCCCACCUUUCGGCGGAGGUUAUGGCGGUUAUGGUGGUCAUCCAGGUGGAUACAUGAACUAUAACCCAAACAACAAAGUCCUGAGCCCACAAUAUGGUGGUAGUUAUGGAUAUGGGGGCUAUGGUGGCGGGGGCGGCUCUCCCUUUUCCCACUCAGUUCAGUCAAUGGGCAUGUAUCCCUCUGAUAGGUCCAGAGGGUUUGGACGCAGUGCGGCAUUGGCAGCAGGUGGAGGGGCUAUGGUAGGGAUGGCUCUGGGCUACGGGCUAGGGAGGUUCCCCCGUCCUCCCUUCAACUUCCACAACUCCCAGGAGGAGCAGUACUACAACAACUACAUGUACAAGAAAUAUGGUUCCAAGUCCACUGAUACCAACGACUAUAGCAGAGACUACAAAUACAGCCAACCUCCUGAAACCUAUGAUAGCUACAUGGACUCCUGCAUGAAGAGAACAGACAUUCUGCAGGCGGAGAAUCCAAAGACAAACAACCAACCAGCUGCUACCACCUCAACAACAACUACAACUGCUAUUACAACUACCAAAACUACUUCUGUAAAUAUCACAACUACUGCAGCCCCAGACUCUGCCAUUGAAAGCAACACAACAAAAUCCAACAGCACUGCAGGAGAAAGCCCCUCGACCUCUGCACCUUCAACUCCACACCCUCUAAAUGAGUCAGGAGCCAAUCCUCUGCCUCCAGCUUCACAGGUUCUCAGAAAACCUGUUAAAGAUGAUAAUGAUGAUGACGAUACAGUCAGCAUUGUGGAGAUCGGCUACCCGGCACUGAUCAAGCAGAUGAAGGCAAGGAGGUGUGUAGAGCUGUACAUAGUCUACUCUGAAAAGUACUUGAAGAAAAAGCCGAAGCCCAGCACCACCGCUGGGGUGCAUCGAAUGGAGAUGGGCUUGCAGGGGCUUUUAGCUGUGGUCACCAGUACAACAAUGAUGCUUCUGAAUAGCAACAUGCUUAUGCUGCUCUACUAAGGCCUUCAGUAGCAGUUAUAUUGGUAGAGGAAUAAGACAUGAUGCGUACAACAAGAAUGUGUUAAAGAUAAUUAAAGGAUAGUUUGAAUUGUUUCAAGUAAGGUUGUAUAAGGUAUUUUUACCUCACAAAAAACGUGACCUGCUGGUUCAUUGGUUCCUCCAAAUUGUUACCUGCUAACUAUAAAUAACACACUGACUAUGAAUAUGUACCUCAUUUAACCCCACUUCAAACUAUCUCAACCAUCCCUUCAGCGUCGCUUUCGAAAGUGGCAGUUUGAUGGUCCAGACCAAAACGAUGUCAACAACUAUUGAAUGGAUUGCCAAUUAAAUGUGUGCUGAUAUAUGUGGAGGAUUAAUCCUAGUGCCAUUACAUUUUUAUCCUGAGAAAGAAAUUGUGAUGAAUUUAUGAAAGAUUGUUAUAAUAAAUCAUACUUAUUAUGGCACCACGCUAAACUGAGAUGGUGAACAUGAUAAAUAUUGUGAGCAUGUUAGCAGGCUGAAACAGUAAUUGUGUAAACUCUGGUGUGGGAGGAAUGUCUGAUUAAAGGUGGGAAUGUUAUUAUUAUUAUUAUUAUUAUUAUUAGCAUUAUUAUUAUUAUGUAGGAACCAUUUUAUGUGUGUUGUUGGUAUGUCAAUUUAAUUUGUUUAUAUUUAUCUUGCUAUAAUUUUUUUGAUUGAUUUUGUGAUUAGCUGCACUGGGGUGUAUACAUAGGGGCAUAGGUUACAGGUAAGGGAGGAACACAGGUGAAGAGAGCAAACAGUUCUUACCAGACGCCACGGACACUAAAACUACAGACCUGACAGAACAAUCCAUACAAUGAUCAAUGAUCACCACAACACUGGUAUUGUUAACUCUAAAUAACCCACAACUAAACUGCAUCUGCCGACUGGAAAAUCAUUUUGUUUGUAUCUGCCUACAAUCACUCUCGCCCUCACCUGUGUAAUAAUGGCAAACCGAAAUAGGAACUUAUAGGUAAUUGGAACACAUUAAUUUGCCAUUACAGUUAUGAAUAAUAAGAAUGUAAAUGUGACAAUACAGUAUUAUUAUUAUUUUUUACAUUGUAAGUUUAACAGAGUAUUUGGUCAAUGGUUCACAAGGUGAACAUGACAUAACACACACACACACACACACACACGCACACACACACACACACACACACACACACACACACACACACACACACACACACACACACACACACACACACACACACACACACACACACACACAUAUAUUGCAGUUUUUAUGUAGCUCCUAAAGUGCAAGAUCUCUAAUUCAUUAUUUACAUCUGAUGUAAGAGCAGUAAAACAUUAUGUU